ACUGGUUUCGUGCUCGGCCGUGUUUUUUGGGAAGGCAUCAAUGGUGACAUGCACGUCGUUGACGGAAUGUGAGAUGCUAUGCAUUAGUACGGUGGAUUUUUUCCGCAUCAUAAGCCAAUACCCAUUGGAAAGGCAGCACAUUCGGUCGUGCACGGAAAAGUUUAAGGGGUUGUUCAAUGACCUGCUGAAAGCACAGAAGGCUAUCAGGAGGGUGGACAGUUGGAAUGAAAUCUCAAAACCCUCUAAAGAGAAGGAAAAAUUGUUAAAACAAACUAAAGGAAUAUCUAAAGCUAACUGGAGACAUCCAGGAUCUAAGUUCACGAAGUACUGGAUGGCGUUGCGCGCCUUCUUGGUGGCUGCAAACAUCAUCGUCUCUGCUCUGCAAGGCGGCAGUUUAGCGGGGCAACGAAAAAUACUGUUCCCUAUAAAUACGCUGAUUGACUUGUUUAUUUUAUUAGAUAUUAUAGUGAAAAGCUGCUCACCUUAUUAUGACGAGAGAGGUCUCCUAAUCUACUCCUUCCGGAUGUGUUUCUACCGCUACUUGAAACGUGGUUUCGUCCUCGACAUUAUAGCCCUGAUUCCCUGGUACAUGCUACCCGUUCUGUCACCCAUAAACGUCUCACAAGACACCGCCUUGCUCAUAUAUGCUGCUAGCAAAUAUGCGCGCCUGCACCUGUUUUUAGGUUAUUUCAAUUAUUUGGCUAACACUCCUUUGGCGAAUGUCUCUUUGCUGCUGUUACUAAAAUGGCAAUGUUUUCCUAUACUACUGACGUUCACAGUCAGCCAUUACCUGGUAAUGGAAUGCGUCGUGUAUGAAUGGAAUGAUCAGUUUGAUCUGACCAGCAUUGCGAAACGGGGCGGCUGCUGGCUACCGACGUAUAUAGAGCUGGAUGACUUUCCCACGCCAGAUCAGAUGGACUUACUGAUUGGACAGAGUUACAGCGUGGCACUGUUUGGGUUCCUGCGCAUCUCUUACGGAUUGUUUAAUGUCAAGGACACGGACAUGCUGUUGGGAGUCGUGUUGUACUCCCUUAAUAUAGUUUAUUGGUGUGUUCUGUGCUACUCUUUAGCGAUUUUGAUGCUGAGUAGACGAGGCAGCACCCUCUUCCAACACGCGUUCAGCUCUUUGAAUAAGUUCCUCAUCGCAGAACGACUAGACGAGGCACUAAUCAAGAGGUCUUUGGAACAUUUUAGCUAUUGGUGGAUAAGAACGAAUGGCGUCAACAUAUACGAACAUUUUAUACACAAGCGUGUAAGCUCCAUGUUCAAACAGGAUAUCAUUCAUUUCUUUCAUAAACAAACCUUCGGCGGUGUCAACACAUUAUUAAAAGGAGGCGAGCAGAUGAUGAAGCAGCUGUCCUGCGUUGGUUUCCUUCUACAUCUGCUGCCUAAUGUCCCAGUUAUGAGGGAGAUGGACCUCAACCCAUGGGUGUUUAUAGUGCAUCGAGGCGAAGUAGUCAUCUCUCAUGAGGGGAAAACCUUGGCUAUUCUUAAGAAGGGCUCAAUAUUCGGGCAGCUAGAAGGCACGGAGCACCGGCCCGUGCGAGUGUCCGCACACACCACUGAGUACACGGACAUAUUGAAGUUACCUGUGGGCGCUUUCCAGGAGAAUAUUGACGACAAGACCCGUUUUGUCAUCCACCGGCACCCGACAUCAGCCUUGGACUACAUGCAAGUGCAGGAACCACCUAAAGAGAACCCAUUCAACUCCAUCAAAUACCUGCUUAGAGAUGGGAAAAUGAUUCAGCUUCCGUGGAUGACGCAGCCAGUAAAAGCGCACCUGACCCGCAAGUACACCUUGUGGCUGGCCCUGGUCUGGUUUGUCGGACCGUACCUCUCUUCAGCCAUCGUCCUGAUCUUGAACACUUUGCCAUUGGAGACGAUACAUCAGCUGAUGAUGAUCUUGGCUCUUCUUGACGUUUUACAUCUCGCGCAUUUUGUGUCGGAGUUUUAUACGAGUCAAAGAUUUUACAAUUUGAUUGAUGUGGCGAUCAUCAGUUUGAUCAUCGAAGCAAUGGUUUGUUGGUGGAUCGUGAUUGCCUGUAGACCGUCAAUAUUGCUUAAUUCUUACUAUAUACCGAAACCCGUCGAAAAUCUAGAUAAGUACGAGAAAUAUUACAACGAAUGGAUAGAUCCUGAUAUAAGAGGAGAAGGUUGUCACACGGUGGUGUUACUUAAGAAAAGGAAAUUCUCCGGUAACCACAGUUUCCUAGUACCAAUGAGGUGGCAAGAUGAUUACGCGAUCGCACUGGGCUUCAUCUUCAGCCUUAUUACCAGAACUAACUCUGGCAAUUAUGCCUCCACCACCCUUCAAGAAAUGUACUACGAAGUCUUCAUGUGUUACAUAUGCCAUGUCGUAUGUAUAUGGAUAGGUAGUUCCGCGUUCAGAGAGAUGUACCUAAAGUAUCGGGAAUUGCUGAACUUCGACUACAAUGUUACCAAUCUAUAUAACUACUUGAAACAUAGCGGUUUGAACCUGACGCUUUUGGAGCGAGUGAAACAAUAUACGGCCCUUCUUUGGCAGAGGCAAAGAGGCAACUGGAUGCCCGAACUAGUGAAGGAAGCUCCGCUGUGCCUUAGAGAGGAUCUCUACGUGGCGCUGUACUCCUACCAUUUGCAUGAUAUCCCCCUGUUCAGAUCGCAACCAGCUUACUUCACGAGGCAGUUAGCUACCAGACUGAAUAGGGUCGUUAUAUGCGCAGGCAGAGAGCUGAUACAGGAGGGCGAUGUGUUCGCCUGCAUCUACUUUAUACACGACGGCGAAGUCGAGAAAUGGACUACGGACGCAAGCGGUGAAAAGAAACUGGUAUCAGUGCUGUCGACGAAUGGAUUCUUCGGACUCAUCUCUGGUCUGUUCCCGGAGACUCCUGUCCUGUACACUUUUAAGACCAGAACGGUGGUAGACAUGGUGUUCCUCCGUAACAGAGACUGGAGGGACUUACUGGAAGGGUACCCGGACAUAAAGCGGGACCUCUACGCCGCGGCCAAGCACUUGAAGAAGGUUGCUGAUGGCCAUAAAUAACCUGUCUGUUGACGUUCGUCAUUAUAUUAGGUAGGUUUGUAUGCCGAAUAAAAGAAUCCCUCUUAAAAAAAACUGAAACCUAAACAAAAAGCGCAACAACCAAGAAUACCUAUGAAUUUUUAUGUUUUUCCGUUUGUCAAAAAAUAUUAUUGUGUUGUUUAUUUAUUAUUUCAAUUAUAAUUACUUCUUGUUAUAUUCUUUCCAGUUAGGGUCGCUUUCAGCUGUAUUUUCUAGUUGGUAGAUGUGGAAGUAGCUAGUAGAUAGGUUACUGGUAUAUGA